GGCACGCGCCCGAGCUGCGCGUCCUUUCAGCGCACUUACUGUCACUGCGCGUGUUUGUGUUGGGGCUCCGCUCGUUAUCGGCCGAAUCGCGUGGGAGAGAAUGCAAUAAUAAUAAGCUUCUGUCGCUCCUUUUUCCGUGGUUUACUGAAAGAAGAUGAGUGCCGCACACACUCCUACGGGGACCCCCGUGCAGUGCAGUCCCAGCAAUGGAGAAGGCGGGAGUCUUCCAGCUAUUACAUCGCCUCAGCACCCCGAUGCCCACUCGACACCCAUUGCUGACGCAGAGCGCAGGCGACUCGUAUCCAGCAUCCUGCAGAGCCCAUCUUUCAGGGAGGAGCUGGAUGUGCUGAUCCAGGAGCAGGUGAAGAAGGGCAGCAGCUCCUCCAGCCUGUGGGCUCUGCGUCAGAUCGCCGACUUCAUGGCCUCCCACGGCUCGCCCGGUGCCCUCCCGGUUUCCCCUUCAUCCAUGACCCUUGUAACGCCCAUAAAUGACUUGCAUGGCUGGGAGCCCAGCUCCAUGGCGAAGGGCGAACGGCUGAUGCGCUGCAAGCUGGCCAGCGUGUACCGCCUUCUGGACCUGUACGGUUGGGCCCAGCUCAGCCGCGCCCAGCUCACCCUCCGUGUCAGUAAGGAGCAGGAGCAUUUUCUAGUUCUUCCCGAUGGGCUGGCCUACUCUGAGGUUACUGCCGGCAGCCUGACAAAGGUGAAUGUCUUGGGCGAGGUUGUGGAAAGGGGAAGCACCGCGCUGGGGAUCGACACUGAUGGCUUCAGUUUGCACUCGGCAAUCUACUCGGCCCGUCCAGAUGUGCGCUGCCUGCUGCACCUUCAUACGCCAGCCACGGCCGCGGUCUCAGCCAUGAAAUGUGGCCUCCUGCCACUGUCCCAUGAAGCUUUGCUGGUUGGAGAGGUGGCCUACUUUGACUACAAUGGGGUGAUGGAGGAGAAGGAGGAUCGAGUGGAGCUGCAGAAGAGCCUAGGGCCCACCUGUAAGGUGCUGGUGCUCAGGAACCAUGGCAUCGUGGCCCUGGGGGAGUCUGUGGAGGAGGCAUUCUACACAGUCUAUCACAUCCAGGCAGCCUGUCAGAUCCAGGUGUCGGCACUGUGCAGUGCUGGGGGAGAGCAGAAUCUGAUCAUGCUGGACCGGGCCAUGCACAGGCCCAGCGCGGCCGGAACCGUGGGGUGGGCGGGAUCCACGUUCGGCCCGCUUCACAAGAGUCGGCUUGGAGAGCACGAGUUUGAGGCACUCAUGAGGACCCUGGACAAUCUGGGCUACCGCACGGGCUACGCGUACCGCUUCCCGGUCCUCCUGGAGCGGGCAAGGACCCGCAGGGAGGUGGAGGUGCCUGCCACUGUCACGUCAUUCAGCUUCGAGGAGGACGGGGCACGCACACAAGGGCGCCAGCAGCCCCACGCCCAGCGGCAGCAGCAGGAACGGACACGUUGGCUCAACACCCCCAACACCUACCAGCGAGUCAGCCAAGACCAGGCCAGCCCGGGGCACCAGCGCACCACGUGGAUGAAGACAGAUGAGGUGACACAAGGCAGUGGUACAGCCAUCAAAAUCGAGAACCCCAACCAGUUUGUGCCACUCUUCACUAACCCCCAGGAGGUGCUGGAAACACGGAACAAGAUCCGUGAGCAGAACCGCCAGGACACGAAGACAGCUGGGCCCCAGUCUCAGCUGCUGGCCGGUGUCAUAACUGAAAAGAGUCCGCCGUCCACAGAAACGGACCUGGCAGGUGGGCAAAAUGGCCUGGAGGGGGUUCCAAGUAUACCUGAGCCAGAGCCACCGAACCCCUUCAGCCAGCUGACUGACAAGGAGCUCGAAGAAUACCGACAGGAGGUGCAAAGGAAACAACAGCUUGGUCUGGAAGAUGGUGGGGAGGAGCUGGCGAAUGAGAAGGGCACUCCCCCUGCCACCCCCCCCAAAAAGUGUCCCUCCCCCACUAAUCCCCCACCCUCAGAUGAGAGCAAUCUGACAAAGAUUGAAGAUGCUGCCACAACCUUGGUACAAAAUGGGGGUGAGGAGGAUCAGAGGCAGGAGGAACUGGAAAAAGGAAUGAAAGCUUUGACUACCAACGAAACGUCACCUACCCCACCUGCUGCCCCACCCACGGCCCCGCCAUCCAAACCUGCAGGGAUCACCCCAGAGGGUUCUCCCUCUAAGUCGCCUUCCAAGAAGAAGAAGAAGUUCAAGGCCCCUUCCUUCCUUAAGAAGAGCAAAAAGCAAAAGGAGAAGGCCGAAGCUUGAGAGCAUAGAAUAUGGAACAUAGUACCAUAUUUACUCACAAACACACGGUAACAUGUAUACUAACGUUUGAGUGUGUCCUCUCACAUAAGCGUGUAUUUACUCACAGAACACAUGGCUAUUCAUUGGAGACUGCAGUAAGCUCUUAUAUCCACCUACCACUGUUAUCCUGCUAUUUUAGUUUAACUGUUGCUUGUUUAUGUGACAAAAUUAUUUCACCACAUUUUUAAAUUCAUAGUCACAAAGGUUCACGUGAUACAAAUUCUGUAUCAACCAUUUUGAGCGUUCGCAUCCACUAAGUGCACAGAUGUAUACCACAGGCAUAAAAUGAUCACCGAAAGACGAAGAAAGCCAUGUUAAACAUAUUUCCUUCAUAUUUAUUACUUUUACUCAUUAAAUAUCAUGUGUUGAAUAGAUGUAAAUACCGUGAGUAAACAUGUAGGCAGGUCUACAUAUGUGCUUUCUAUUGCUUAUCAUUUUUUUCAGUUUUGAUCCACCUGAACCACUCAUGUGAUUCUGAAGAAACAUCAGGGAAUAAUAAAUAAUAAAUAAAAUAAUCCGCAAUGUCAUGUUAAAAACAUGAUAUUAGCAAUUAAAAAGAAAAGGCUUCUUUGCAGCUUUCAUAUACAGCUAUAGCUCAGUUGUGAAAGGUACUAAACAUUCCUAUUGUGAUUUUUUUUUUUUGUCCUUUAAAUGCAUAC